AUGUCGCAGAUGUGGGUCCCUUUCAUCGGACCCCAGUCGCCGGGAGCCCUCAGGGGCCAGGAGAUUUCGCCGCGUGCGCCGGUCGCCCUGGUCCUCAGGGCCCUGCCUCGGGAGCUCUCCAACGUUAAGGCUUCGGCCUUGGCCGCUGCCGGUGCAGCUGCGGGUACGGCUGCAGCACGGCACUGCGUUGCGCGGCGUGCUCGGCGUGGUCAAAACUUGCAGAACCCGUUCCUCUCUGGUGGCAAAACAGUUUGCCGUGCUACGACGGCCGCGCCCGUGGAGAUCCUUCCCAUCCCGGCUAAAGGCUUCGGCGCCAUCGCAACAAGGGACAUUGCCAGGGGCGAGCUGGUGCUAGAGGAGCGUCCGACGAUCACAUACCAGGCCGGCAGUGAUUGGCCGACUUCUUUGCAGCAGCAGUUUGAUCGGCUCCCCGUAUCAUCGCAGACGGCGGUGAUGGAGCUCUGUGAUGCAACUCCGGACGAGAAGGGCUUGAAGGGUGUCUUCGACACAAACAGCAUUGGCUGUUCCAGCCCCACGCUGGAUGGCGUUCUCUGCCUUUCGGUGAGCCGGAUCAACCACUCCUGCUUGCCAAACUGUGAGCAGUUCUGGGACGAGCAGAUGUUCCGCGAGAAGAUCUUCGCAUGUAAGGACAUCCAGAAAGGUGAGGAGUUGUCUAUCUCCUAUGUGGAGCCGUACCUCCUGGCGGAGGAGAGAAAUGAUGUCUUUCGCCGGAGAUAUGCAUUCCAGUGCAACUGUGCGGCGUGUUCCUCUCAGAGUAGGGAGGCGAGCGACCGCCGAAGAAGACGACUGGGCGAGAUGCUUGCGGAGCUUGGCCGAGGUGUCAGUCCAGAUGCAGAUGCGGGGGUGGCGCUUGCAAAGGAGCUUCUUCAGCUUUGCGACGAGGAGGGUCUAGCUCUGCAAGGCUUUCGUGCACAGGCUUGCUACCACGCAUUCCAAUGCCUGCUCCUGGCUGGCCGCGGGCAGGAUGAGGCAGCACCCUGGCUGCGGCGCGCACGCGAGUCCCUGGAGGCGACUCGUGGCGCCGGGGAUCCCGACGUCGAAGCACUGCGAGGCUACGAGGCAGACCCUUUGAGCCACCCUGCGGCGUCGGACCAAGCCACACAGCUUUCGGGGCUGGCAGGGCCAGCGCUUGCUGCUGCGGCCGCGGCUGCCGCGCUGUAUUUUUUCCGGUGA